GAUGAAAUCACUGGUGAUUGAGCCAUUGACUGACUCGGGCUCUUGCUGUGUGGCUUGAGAAUUUGAUUUUCAUGAUAUAUUUGACAUAUUGGACGGAGUAAUUCUUUGAUUGAAACGCUGCGCGUUUGGAACCGGGGGUAGUUAUACCUGUCAUACUGGCCUGACCGGAUCGGUGCUGCCGUUGUCAUCCGGUCUACUUUCUAUACGACUUUGCUUUCUUUCGCUAUAGCUACGCCUUUGGAUUCCUGGGACGGAGAAUAUCUCUUCGUCUACAACUUUUAUACCAUUUCGGGUGCCUCCGACGAUCCGAAACCCCCCACUAGUCUUACCUAUCCAAGACAGACACCCCCGCCUAUUCGUUGAUACAACCAUCGGCCAAAAUGGCGCAAGAGGAAAACCCCGAUGGAACGGUGGCGAUGCCAAAGCUCGAGGAUAUCCUACGACACCCCGAGGACCUCGACAAGAUCACCGCACUGAAAGCGGAAUACUUGCGGAAGAAGACAGCAGUCGAUUCGCAGCUUCGGGAGGGGCUCCGGGAUCAAUUGGAAUCAGUGCAACUUAGUAUCAGUGCGCUGACUGAGGGCCAACGGCAAGUUUCCAAGACAAAGGACGAGCUCCAGGGGAUCGAUAAGCUAUGCGCGGAGUCGCAGACGAGCGUCGAUGACUUUUCGCAAAUCGACAAGCUAGCCAAGGUCCAGAGGAAUUUCGAGGCGGUUAUGAUGAUGAAAAAGGGCCUGGAGAAUUUCAACGCGGACCUAGCUGAGGUGGAGAAUCUCUUGAGGGACGAUGAUGAGGACUUGGAGAACCAGCCGAACCUUCUUCGGAUUCACAUGCAGAUCUCCCGGUUGCGAGACUUUCGCGAUGAGGCGAUGGAUCAGAUAUGCAAGGCGGAUGAUACUAGUAACGAAGACACCCUGCUGGACUACUUCCAGGGACUCGAUAAUGUUAUCGAGUGGUUCGAUGACCAUCUGGGUACCGCCUGUAUAAACAUCAUCCCGCUCGUGCAGUCGGAUAACCGGAGCAUGGUAGUCCGGUUGGCUGUGGUUGUGAUGAACGAGGAAAAGAAUGAUGAAAAAGUGCGGGCUUUGCAGGAGGCCCAGAAGGAUCACAAGGACCUGGCAAACCGAUUCAAAUCCAUGAACAUUGGCCCCAAAACGGUCAGGGGUUAUAAGGAAAAGUUCAUGCAGGCGAUUGAAUUCUACGCACAGCAACAAUUUGAUAACACCAAGGAGGAAUUCCUUGGUGAUCCCGACAUUCUGGAUAAGAGUCUCAGGUGGUUCUUCAACGAUCUUUUCACCGUCCAGCAAGGCAUGCAGUCACUUGUGCCCAAGAAAUGGAAGAUCUACAAGGUGUACACCGAGACCUAUCAUCGGAUGAUGCAUGAUUUCCUCGUUGGUUUGAUCAACGACCCAGAAUUGCCAGCCGACAAUCUGUUAUCGAUCAUCCACUGGAGCGGCAAGUAUUACAAGAAGAUGGCCAAGUUGGGAUGGAAACAGUCCGAACUCCAGCCCAAUAUUCUCGACGACCGCGAGCCCGAGCUUAUUCAACAAUGGCAGAACAUUAUUGUCCAGGCCGUUGAAGAAUGGAUGGACCGGAUAUUCGAAACGGAGAGGAAGGGAUUUGUCGAGCGAAUCCCGGACUCGCUGGAUACCAAUGCAGAGGGAUAUUUCCGGACCCGUACCCUCCCAGACAUGUGGCGUAUGCUUCAUGAGCAGAUUGCGGCCUCAAGUUCCUCUUCUCGAACCGAUGUCGUCGAGGGUAUUAUCGACGCUAUGUUCCGAGUACUCAAGAGCCGGCAGAUCACUUGGCAAACGCUCAUUGAUGAGGAGGUUGCCAAAUCUAAGGCACCUGGAGGCGACCAGACCGAGAGUCUGCAGUUGAUGCAAGAUUGGCUUAUUGCCGUGGCGAACGACCAGAUCGCCUGCAUUGAUGACAACGACGAAACAGGGCAGAUGGGAUACCUGACUAGAUUCAAGAACGAAUUCGAACAGCUGGUAGACCCCUCAUACAUGGCUUCGCGGGCCAUACCCGAACUGGAUGCUAUUCGGGACAGUUACGUGGAUCUGAGUACCCACUGUCUGACCCAAUUCGUCGAGGUGAUCUUCUCCGUCGACCUCAAAACCACUAUUCCGGACUUCUUCACCCAAAAGUGGUAUGGCGACUUUGCAAUGAAACGGAUCACCUCCACUUUCGAAGACUACAUGUCCGACUAUAGUCCUGUCCUCCACCCAUCCCUGACCGAUAUCCUGGUCGAGGAACUUUCCGAUGAGCUAUUAGUCCGGUACCUGUCCUCCGUACGCAACAAGAGCGUCAAAUUCCGCCGCAACGUGGAUCCAUACACCGACAAAUUCAAGGACGAUGUCCUGACCGUCUUUGCCUUCUUCCAAAAAUACCCCGACUCGUUUGCCUCGACAAUCAAGCAAAAGUGGCGGCUGGUCGAUUGGCUGGUCCGCUUGCUCGAUGCGGAGAAGGGUCCCUCUCUAGUCGCCGUUUAUGAAAGCUUUAAAACGGAGUACUGGGAUCUGCAGCUUAUAUGGGUUGAAGCUGCCUUGCGGACCAGAGAUGAUUUCGAGAGGAGCAUGGUUAGUGCUACCAAAGCAAAGGCUGCGGAAUUGUCGGUAGAAGUGGGUAUGGAGACACUCAUGAGCCGAGUGCGAUGAGAGAGUUGUCGUGUUUUUUUUUUCUCUUCCUGUUUCUUAAACAUUUUUUUAGCAUGUCGGACAUGGUGACUGGGUACUGGGUUUAGUCAUGUCACGAAGCAAAUCAGCGAGGCGUUUGGGAUUUCCUCAUGAUCGCAGAGUAGGGAAUUGUGUAUAUAGAUGUCGCGAUAUCUAGAUUCAAAUCAUUUUGCUGUGCCAUUUGCCUUACGUAUUAUGGUAUCGAGAGUUCGAUGUCUCCCUUCGAC